UGACUCUCAUGAAGAUGCCUGUCAUCUCUUUUGUGCGUCUAGGAUACUGUAGCUUCUCCAAGUCCAGAAUCCUCAACACACUGCUCAGCCCUGCCCACCUGAAAUCACACAAACUCUUUCUCCAUCAGGAGUUGCCUGUUCUGGUGCUUCCCCAGCAGAUCUCUGAUGGCCUGGUUGAGGUAACAUGGAGUUUUCCUGAUAGUGAUGGUCUAAAGGAAAACCCCAGUUUUUUCCAGAAAGCUGUUGCUGUGGCCAACCUUCGUGGGGAUAUAGAAAGUUUUUGGACACAGUUUGGUUUCUUGAUGGAAGUUUCCUCUGCUGUGUUUUUUUUCAUUGACUGCCUAGGUGAGAAGGAAUGGGACUUGCUAAUGUUUUUAGGAGAAGCUGCCACUGAAAGAUGCUACUUUGUCCUCAGUCCACAGGCCAGGGGGAAUGAGGAGGCUCAGAUUUCCCAGAGGAUCCUGAAGUUGAAGCCAUCACAGCUGCUGUUUUGGGAGGAGGAGGAAGCUGGAGAGACAGGGAGGAACAUGGAGGGUCUUCAAGCUGCCCUGAAAGAAGUGAUGUCCUCUUCACUCAGAUGUAUGUCUGUGGAGGACAUUGCACCCCUGGCCAGGGAGUUGGGGAUACAGAGAGACCACGACUUUGAGAACAUGCAGGGGAUUCAAGUUUCCCCUACUGAAAACUUGGCUGGAACAGCUGAAGAUGAGGGACCACAAAGACACAGUCAGCCAAAAAACUCAUCUGAAAGCCCCGCUUAAAUGUCAGUAAGAGAGGCUGAGGCUAGAUGUGAGAUCAGCCCAAAUCUUCAGAAUUUCCAUCUCACCCCAGUAUUCAUGCCUCUUCUGAAAAACUGCUGUCCUUUUCCAACCAGAAAUGGAGGUAAUUUUAACCGUGUUUCUUUGACAGCCCCCUGGGUUAUGGUCUCCCAGUUUUGGUUAGAGCAGAGGUCUCAGAGUUUCCAUCCUUCACCCUUUCAGAAUACAAGGGCCCAUAGUCCGGGUAAAGUUUUGGGAUUCAAUAAUUCCAACCUCAGAGAUUUUAUUCAGGUGAAAGAUUUAUGAAAUUUUCAAGAACUGCUCAGGGACGUCACAUGGAUAAAACUUUUGGGAGACCACCAAGACCCAUUUCUCAGCAUGUACAGGCCUGGUCUGAGAGACCACAGAAAAUGGGAGCCCUUGAAAGGUCUGGGGAAGUGGACUCCCAGGGAGGUCGCCUCCGUUCCCUGGGUUCACAGCCAGCAAGAGCGGUUGGGAAGUCACAGCCUAGGCAAGUCUGUGCCUAGGGAACACGGCCAAAUGAGGCAAUUAGAAAAUUCAUGAGAACAAAAUCCCAUAUUGAAAAUCCUCACCAUCGAGCAUUUCAAGCAGCAGGAGCCAUACAAAAACCCAUAAGGACUGCCUCUCAGCAAGGAGCUAAGCUGAAGACACGAGGUGGGCCUUCAAAUCCAUCUUUCCAAAUGGGAUUCAAUCCUAUGGCCAACAGCAAAUUUUUGCUCAGCUCUCAGUUCAAAUCCAAUCAGCCCAAGUCGUGCCAGGCCAAGCAGUCCCAGCACAACCCUCUCAACCUGUGUUCUCUCAACCCAAACUCGUUCAGACAAAUCCACUCAGCACCAGCCCUCCAAGUCUCAGUCCUCCCAAUCUAAGCCUUCUCAGCCCUAGACCUCCCAAGCUAAACCUUCUCCAUCCAGACCCACUCAGCCCAAGCCAUGCCAGCCCCAAUCCUCCCACUCUAGGCCUUCCCAGCCCAGACGCACUCAACACAAGUCAUUUCUGACUGGUCCUUCUCAGGCUAAGGCAUAUGACCCACGAGCAGGGCCCAGGAGGGUAGGGAAGCAUUAAAGUCCUUACUCUGGAGACCUAUGAAAUGUAUCCUUUGCCCAGGCCUUUCCUAUCAUAUAUAUAGUAACCUGAAGAAGAGUGGCAGUGAUGGUAAAAGAGUACUAUCAUUAGCAUGACACAGAUAGCAAGAUAUGCACAGCCUAAUUGGAUAUCAUAAAAAUAUCUAUAAGAAUUGUGUCCCUAAAAAAAAGGAAAAAUACGAAAAGAGUAAAGAAUAGAAUCAAGCAGUAAAUAAACGAAUUGAAUACAACCUUGAGUAUUAGGUAAUAUAUAACCUGAAUCCAGGGAAUGGGGGCUGUAAGACAAUUUCACUUGGAAAAGAGUGGGGAUGAUGCCUUUAGUUGCAAAGUGACCAUAAAAUAGGGCGCAAGUUGCGUCAGUGUUGCAAGAAAAACUGCCCUAGAUGUUGGCUGCUCUAGAGGUGUUUUGGUCAAAAAUUUUUGGUUUGAUAUCAGCUGCUAAGCAGGUAACCUUGUUUGUUUGGAAUGUUUAAAUCAACUUGCUUGUGAUAAUAGCCCCAAAUUGCUCGGAUGAUAAAACUCAAUUGACCCUUACAUAUAGAAAUAAUGAACUAACAACCAAUGAAAUUAAUCAUUUUGCCUUAACUUUGGGAAUGAUCUGUGUAUGUUUCAUAUUUUAAAUGUUUGUAGUGGUUAAGAUAAUUUGGCUAAUUAGAGGAUCUGAUAUAUUAGCCUCAUGACUCUAACUUAAAAUGUAUAAUCGAAUUUUUAAUUUUAGAGUUCUGAUUUUUUUAAGUUGAAAAGAUUAAGAUAGGUUUACACAGUUUGUAAAAAGCAUUGAAAUGUUUAAGAGAACUUAAGAUUCACAUAAUUCUCAACUUUAAUUUAUUAGAUACAUUAUUCUAAACAUUUGGUUAAGUUCUGCUUGUUAGAAGCAGUAAGUAGAAGGAAUAUUAAAUUUAAAAUAUUUAAGUGAGGUUUAAUUAACCAAGUUUGUGAGUGACACCAAAUAUUAAUAAAAGACCACUUUAUUUAUUUAUUUAUUUUUAGCAAAUAAGUUUAACUUUAAUUUGAUUUUUGUGUGAUUAAUCUAAGUAUUAUAAUUAUAACAGAAACCAAAUAGCUUUCAAAUUUCUACAAUUAAAAAAUAAAUUUUGUGGGGUUUUAGCAGAUUGCUUUAGCUUCUCAGUAGAAUGAAACAUUUAUCUAAUAUCUCUGUUACAAGGGUCUCCAAAGACUUCAUGGAUAUUAUCUUAAUUUUAUUCUUGCAACAUCUAAAAGUCUACUUUAAAGAAAGAUGUUAAAAUUCACUAGAUUUAGAAAUAAAAUAAUAGGAUUUGUAAGUUGAAUAAAGAGCCCUGCUUUUUGAAUCUGUAACUUUUAUAAAAUUAACAUUAGUUUUAAGUACUAAAAUAGGCCCACGUCUUUUCUGGGUAAAAAAAAAUCCAAAAUUGUCUUCAAAGACACACAAAAAAAUCCUAUUAAUAAAAAGAUGAGAAAUGAUCUUUGAAAAGGAAUAAUUAAUCUCUUAAAAAUGUUUAAUUAAACAUUUCCAUAUGACAAUAGGUAUCCUUCAUUUGUGCAUGUAUUAAACAAUCAAUAUUGAGUAUUUAGAAGGUGUUCAGUCUCUCUCUAGGUUACUGUACGGGUGAAGAAAGAAAUAGAGGACUAUGCAUAUGAAUUUUUGUCUUCUGGCAGGCAAAAAAGCAUAAUAAUAAAAGAUUAAGUUCAAAACUACAAAAUCUUUGGUGUAAAAGUGAAGUUUCUCACAAAAAUAACCUUUUUGUUGUUUAAACUUUUGAAAUGAGCAAUAAUAGUGCUGGUUUUUUUUUUUUUUUUUUUUUGGUGGUACCCGGGCCUCUCACUGUCAUGGCCUCUCCCGUUGCGGAGCACAGGCUCCGGACGCGCAGGCUGAGCGGCCAUGGCUCAUGGGCCCAGCCUCUCCACGGCAUGUGGGAUCUUCCCGGACCGGGGCACGAACCCGUGUCCCCUGCACCGGCAGGCGGAUUCUCAACCACUGCGCCACCAGGGAAGCUCAGUAGUGCUGUUUUUAAAAACUUUUCUCUAUAUCCUUCUUCAAGAUUAGUUCCUGGAGGACAGAGCUUGUUGGGUUAUUGUCACCAAUAGAUUCUGUAUCAGCCUGGGGUUAAUACUAUAUAUAUGGUACAUUCAAAUUAUACAAUUUCAGGAGAGUUUAAUAAACGGACUAUUUAUAAAGGGCUAGGCAAUAUGUAAAAACAGUACAAAGGAGAGUGCAGUACCCUGGAUCUAGUAAAAGCAAGGCAUAUUACUACUCCAAGGUCUCAAGGGAAGGUGGGGGGAGUGCUUUCCCUGAUCAGAAGAGCUGUGUGGGAAGGGUCUUGGGUCUGGGUGGUUGCAGUGACCCACAGGGAGGUAUUCCAGGGAAUACAGUAAGUCCCCUACAAAUGAAUGAGUUCUGUUCCGAGAGCAUGUUCAUAAGUCCAACAAAGUUAGCCUAGGUACCCAACAAACACAAUCUGCUAUAUAGUACUGUACCGUAAGUGGUUUAUAAUACUUUUCACACAAAUAAUACGUAAGAAACACAAAAAAUAAAACAUUUUUAAUCUUAUAAUACUGUACCAUGAAAAGUUCAGUAGUACAGUACAACAGCUGGCAUAAGGGACUGGCAUCGAGUGAACAGGCAAGAAGGGUUACUGACUGGAGGAGGGAGAGGAGGUGGGAGAUGGUAGAGCUGAAGGAUCCUCAGCAAUAGGAGACGGAGGGCGAGCUGCAAUUUCACUCACGCCUGACGCUGAUGGCACAGCCUUGCUGGAACCGGAUGCACGUUCGCAUCUUUGUUCUUUGUUUUGUUUUUUUUAAUUAUUUAUUUAUGUAUUUAUUUUUUGGCUGUGUUGGGUCUUUGUUGCUGCCCUCUGACUGUCUCUAGCUGCGGCGAACGGGGGCUACUCUUCAAGGCGGCGUGCGGGCUUCUAAUUGCGGUGGCUUCUCUUGUUGCAGAGCAUGGGCUCUAGGAGCACAGGCUUCAGUAGUUGCAGCACGAGUGCGUGGGCUUCAGCAGUUGUGGUUCGCGGGCUCAGUAGUUGUGGUGCACGGGCUUAGUUGCUCCUCGGCACGUGGGAUCUUCCCAUACCAGGGAUCAAACCCAUGUCCCCUGCAUUGGCAGGCGGAUUCUUAACCACUGUGCCACCAGGGAAGUCCUACGUUCGCAUCUUUGAAAGUUCUCAACUUGAAGGUUCGUUAUGUAGGAGACUUACUGUUAAAUAUCUAUUCCUUACCUCUGAUCUGCCAGUACGCCCCCUUGACCAAACCCAACCAGAAAACAGAGAACAAGGAGGCCAUCUAGGCUGUUCAUGUAGGUCAGCCUUUUAGGGUUCAGAGUAGGGUGGAGAAUGGAUCCAGAGGGGCAAACAGAGGGUAACCAACAGAUUCUUCUUUCCAUUCCAUUCUUCCUUUUUUCCUCUUGUUUACUUUCUUCCUUCUCUCAUAUUUAUUUAUCGAGCAUCUAUUAUGGGUGAGUCAUUGGACUCAGAACUGAGAAGACAUGGAAACAGAAUGAGAAUCCUACUAUAGCUGUGAGAUCCUGUAAAUCUGUGUGGUUCCUCCCUAUUGUAAAACUAUAAGCUCAUUAUACAUGGUUUUGAAAAUGCAGGAAUAGACAAAGAAGAAAGGAACAUAAAAGUAACCCUUAACCCUGGUGGUCCAGUGGUUAAGACUUCGCACUUCCAAUGCAGGGGGUGCGGGGUCCAUCUGGGGAACUAAGGUACCACAUGCUGUGCAGUGUGGCCAAAAAAAAAAAAAAGUAAUCUGUAAUUUCAUCACUUAGAGUAGCUAGUAAUAUAGUCCUCUAACUCACUAAUAACAUUUUCAUGUAUUUUUUCUGUUUAUGAAUUUACAGACAGUACUCUAUUACAUUUUUGCGUCUGUACCAGGGUUGCUGUGGCAAAGUCAAACAUAGUGUUAGGGGCAGGCAGUAUAAACAGGAUGAAAUAUUGGUUUUCCAGAUGUCUUAAGAAAGUCUGGGGCUUCCCUGGUGGUGCAGUGGUUAAGAAUCCUCCUGCCAAUGCAGGGAACACGGGUUCGAGCCCUGGUCUCUGAAGAUGCCACAUGCCGCGGAGCAACUAAGCCUGUGCGCCACAACUACUAAGCCUCUGCUCUAGAGCUGGUGAGCCACAACUACUGAAGCCGGCGCGUCUGGAGCCCAUGCUCUGCAAUAAGAGAAGCCACCGCUGUGAGAAGCCCACGCCCCGCAACGAAAAGUAGCCCCUGCUCGCUGCAACUAGAGAAAGCCUGCGCGCAGCAACAAAGACCCAACGCAGCCAAAAAUAAAAUAAUUGAUUAAAAAAAAAAAAAAAAAGGAUGGGGCUUCCCUGGUGGCGCAGUGGUUGAGAGUCAGCCUGCCGAUGCAGGGGACGUGGGUUCGUGCCCCGGUCCGGGAGGAUCCCACGUGCCGCGGGGUGGCUGGGCCCAUGAGCCAUGGCCGCUGGGCCUGCGCGUCCGGAGCCU